CACUUGUGUUAAUUUUCGUUCACUUUGGGAUUGAUCAUUGCUAUCACAUAUUUCUGUCAGGGAAUUCUGCGCUUAAUUCUUAUCAGCUGUUUGAGGCUGCCUGAUUUUGUCCUGUAGCCUACAAGCUGCAAGUGUACAACUGUGUAAGCUGUUUCUACGAUCGCCGUUAGCAGCUAUAUCGACGAUGGCAGCGAGCCAGGAACCUGUUGCAGCCCCAGGCAUCGCCAGUCGUCUGAAACGCACGCUGGCCAGUGGGAACCACCACGACGUCGAAUUUGCAGUUGGCCGACAGUUCGGGGAGGCGAAGAAGCUGCAGGCACAUAAGUUACUGCUGAGUAUCAGCAGUGAUAUCUUUGAUCGGAUGUUCUACGGGAGUUUGUCAGAGAAAUGCGACGCACCGAUUAAUGUUCCUGAUAUACUGCCAGAUGCCUUCCUCAAUAUGCUCAGUUUUGUGUACACGGACACCGUGAAGAGCCUGACCAUUAACAACGUGGUCCAGACGAUGUUCUGCGCGGAAAAGUACAACAUGCAGCCGCUAUUUGAUCUGUGCUCGGAGUUCAUCAUUGGUCAACUGAACGUGGACAACUGUCUGACGGUUCUGCAGAGUGUGAAGCAGCUGGGCGCGGAUGCCGUUGUGGAGAAAUGCCUGGAAAUGGUGGAUACCAACUCCGACACCGUUCUACAGUCGCAGCAGUUUCUGGAGAUUGAUAACAGCAAUACGCUGCAGUUGAUCAUGGCACGUGACACACUGUCCGCUGCAGAGAACCUUAUCUACGCGGCUGUAGAGAAGUGGGCGGUGAAUGGCUGCAGAAUACGCGAUGUGGAUCCCACUCCAGCCAAUCGUCGUGAGAUGCUGCGACCGGCGCUGUACUGUGUGCGCUUUCCGCAGAUGUUGGAUAUCCAACUGGCGGACGGCCCAGUCAAGACGGGUUUACUGUAUUUUGAUGAGCUGCGGAAUAUUUACCGAUUCACGCACGCCACCGAAAAGCCGCUCUUGAUUUCCCCACCGAAGCUCGCCGUCCCAUCCAGUACCUGGCAACUUUCCAGAUUGGAGAAGCAGUGUUUUUCCAAUACGAGGAAGUGAUCGCCA